AUGAGUUUCCAAAGCACCAGCAGUGGGACGGAAAACACACCAAAGACCAUGCUUUGGGGCGGCGAGCUCAAUCAGGACAAGCAGACUUGCACCUUUAAACCCCAAGUGGAGAGGAGGGACAGCUGUAAACUGUUGCUCAGCACGAUCUGCUUGGGGGAGAAAGCCAAAGAGGAGGUGAAUCGCGUGGAAAUCCUGCCCUCAGCAAACCAGGAAGACAGAAAACUGCCAGUCACCAUUGCCUCCCUGAAGGCCUCUGUCCUGCCUAUGGUCACAAUGACAGGUGUGGAGCUUUGUCCCCCAGUGACUUUCCGGCUCCGGGCUGGUUCAGGACCUGUGUUCCUCAGUGGCCAGGAAUGUUAUGAGACUUCAGACCUACCCUGGGAAGAUGACGAGGAAGAUGAGGAAGAGGAGGGGGAAGAGGAGGAGGAGGAAGAAGAUGAAGAUGUGGAUUUGGAUUUAUCAAUAGAAGAGACACCUACCAAACAAGUCAAAAGGGCUGCUCCCCACAAGCAGAUGAGCCUGGCUAAGAAAAAAAAGCUAGAAAAAGAGGAGGAGGCAGCAAGGCCCGGCCCUCCGGAAAAGAGCCUCUGGAGGAAGGGGAAGGCUACACCCAAACCUAGGAAGUCAGCAUCCAAGAAAUGA